AAAUACCGAUAUACCUGAAAUAUACAUCGAUAUAUAAUACAUCGAGUAUUUGACAUCACUAUCUUUUUGUAAACAAAUAUAAAAAUGGCCAACAAGCGCAAAUGGAUGCCCGCCGAUGAGGACACCUUCAUUCGCAUCUGGUCCGAAAAUUUAGAUCUGUACCGGGCCGGCAAGAAACAAAUGGAAAUUUGCCGUCUCCUGGAGGACGAAUUCCGAUACGAAGGCAUUGAAAUAAAUGCCGUGGGAAUCAAGAUGAAAAUGGACUCCUUCAAGCGGAAGUAUUUCAAUAUCGCAAAAGGUGACGAGAAGUUGCAAACACGGAAAUGGCGGCACUACAAAACUCUGGAUACAAUAUUCGGAAGCCAAUUUAAGGAGUUGGAAGAGAGCGGCGACUCCAACGAGCCCAUUGCUAAGCAGCCGAGAAAAACCAGAUCAAGUAAAACAAAUAGCCUAGAUAAACCGUUCAACCAGGUCUAUGUGGAUGAGUGCAGCGGAUUGCUGUUAGACGAGGAAGACUGCACACCAUCCAGCAGUUCAACGAGCGACGUCUGCCACGAGCCACCGGUAAAGAAGCAAAAGAGCGAGGGCCAACCGCAGCCACCAGCAAAACAGCAGAAAUCCAGCAACGCUGCCAAUUCCAAGCCGAGUUCACUAUAUACCAAAGCGGGAAAACUCAGACAACCCAAGCGUCCACGCAGGAAUUGGACCAUUGAAGAGGAAGUCACUUUCAUUGAAGUGUGGAAGAACUAUGUGGGGGAUUUGCUGGGAGAAGGAAAGAAGAAGGCGGAUAUCUAUAGAGCUAUGAGAAGUGAGCUGCAGAAAUAUGGCGUAGGUUUGGACAAGAUCGCCUCGGACUUUAAGGCAAAAGUGGAAUCUUUGAAGCGAACAUUUAAAGCUGAACAUGACACCUUUGGAGCAAAAUCAGAAUGGAUUCACUAUGCUAAGCUGGUUGAUGUUGUAGGUCCUUUAAACGGCAUACUUAUUGAAACAACUAACGAUGCCAGCAGCAGUUCCGACGAUUGGUUCGCCAAUGAAACAAAAACCGAGUCCCCCAGUCAGUUCCCAGAUCCUUUGGAAGAACAGCAAGAACAAUAUGGAAACGACUCUGAUGGUUCCUUCUGCUGGGUCCUUGAUAAAGCAACAGAAGAGGCAGCAGAGGUACCUACUAUCCAUCCAGAGCCCCCAAGUGAUUCGGCUUCUAAUGAGUUCUUAGAACACACACCGCCAGAUGAUGAAUAUUCCCCAGUUCAGAGCCCAAUGCAGUUUAGUGAAUUUAAUGAAGCUUGUAAUAAUGAUUCAGACAACUAUAAAGGCUACGUGCCGGAUUCUGAAGAGACAGAGGAGACUAGCAAGGAGCUGGGCGACAAUCCCUCGAGCCAUAAACAGAAAUCUGUAGAGCAAUUUACACAGUUUGUUGCAAAAGAGUUGCUAGUCUUGAAUGACGAUCUGCUUCUAGAGGCCAAGCGAUGCAUCUACGAUGUUCUUUGUAAUAUGGAACGAAAGCAAUUGCAGCUAAAUAAGAAAACGUAAUUGCAAUCUCUUUAAAAUGUUAUUAAAUAUACAUUAAUAUGUUUUUUGCAUUUUAAAAGUUACAUUUCUUUUGUGUAUAUGGUUGAAAUACAAACAUAGUACACAAAUGUUUAGUUGAAUGUACUUAUUUAAUUUUGUACAUGUUAACUAGACAUUUGCUACAUAGCAACUACGUUUUUAUGUAAUUAUCAGUAGAGAAUACUGCAUUAUCGACGCUAUAUAACAUGAACUUGUUGCUCAGAGAAAAAAAUUAAUAAAAUAUUUCGACAUCGUUAAUCCGGAUUUAGAAUGGACGACUGAAGGUUCUACCGAGAUUUGAACUCGGAUCGCUGGAUUCAAAGUCCAGAGUGCUAACCAUUACACCAUAGAACCGUGCUGUCGGCUGCCGCUAAUCUAAAUAAAAGUGGACGCAAGAGGCAAGAAUAUAUAAACGCGAAAUUUUAGCAAAU